GGCGAGGGGAGGAGAGACGGCAGCAGGAGGAGGAGGAGGCGGCGGCGGCGAGCUGGCCAUGGCAGCAGCCCGCGGGCGGAGAGGCAGCCGCCGCGGGCUGCCGCUGUGAUUGGCACCCCCAGGAGGAGGAGGAGGAGGAAGGCGCGGAGCAGCCGCGGGGCCCGCCAUCCCGCGGCGGCGGUGCCCGGGAGGAUGCCGGGGAAGCGGGGCUCGGCGGGCGGCGGCGGCGGGGAGCUGCCAGGGGCCGGCGCGCCGCGGCAGCGGAGGCGGCGGAGGAAGGUCUCCUGCUUCUCCAGCAUCCAGCUUUUCCUGGUGUCCGAGUGCGCCCUGAUGCUGGCCCAGGGCACGGUGGGAGCCUACCUGGUGAGUGUUUUAACCACCUUGGAGCGACGAUUCAACCUCCAGAGUGCUGACGUGGGUGUCAUUGCCAGCAGCUUCGAGAUUGGCAACCUGGCCCUCAUCCUCUUCGUGAGCUACUUCGGAGCCCGAGGACAUCGGCCACGCUUGAUAGGAUGUGGAGGGAUAGUCAUGGCCUUGGGUGCCCUCCUUUCCGCGUUGCCUGAAUUUUUGACCCACCAGUAUGAAUAUGAAUCAGGAGAAAUACGCUGGGGGGCUGAAGGGAGGGAUGUGUGUGCUGCCAACGGGUCCACCAGCGAUGAGGGACCAGACCCGGACCUUAUCUGCAGGAAUAGGACUGCUACCAACAUGAUGUACUUGCUGCUCAUUGGAGCACAGGUUCUCCUGGGCAUUGGUGCUACCCCUGUCCAGCCCCUGGGAGUUUCCUACAUUGACGACCACGUGAGGCGGAAAGAUUCCUCCCUGUACAUAGGGAUCCUGUUUACGAUGCUGGUAUUUGGACCAGCCUGUGGAUUUAUCUUGGGCUCCUUCUGUACCAAAAUCUAUGUGGAUGCUGUCUUCAUUGACACAAGUAAGCUGGACAUCACCCCAGAUGACCCUCGGUGGAUUGGCGCGUGGUGGGGAGGCUUCCUGCUGUGUGGUGCCUUACUCUUCUUCUCGUCCCUGCCGAUGUUCGGGUUCCCGCAGUCCUUGCCCCCGCGGCCGGAGCACGCCGGGGAGAGCGAGCAGGCCAUGCUUCCCGAGAGGGACUACGAGAGACCCAAGCCGAGCAACGGGGUCCUGCGGCACGCGCUGGACGGGGAGAGCAGCACGACCUGCUUCCAGCAGCUGCGAGUGAUCCCCAAGGUAACUAAGCACUUGCUCUCCAAUCCCGUCUUCACCUGUAUCAUCCUGGCGGCCUGCAUGGAGAUCGCAGUCGUGGCUGGCUUCGCCGCCUUCCUGGGAAAGUACCUGGAGCAGCAGUUCAACCUCACCACCUCAUCUGCCAACCAGCUCCUGGGGAUGACAGCAAUCCCAUGCGCGUGUCUGGGCAUAUUCCUGGGCGGCCUCUUGGUGAAGAAGCUCAGCUUGUCUGCUCUGGGAGCCAUCAGGAUGGCCAUGCUGGUGAACCUGGUGUCCACAGCUUGCUACGUGUCUUUCCUGUUCCUGGGAUGCGACACGGGACCUGUGGCAGGGGUUACUGUUCCCUAUGGAAACAACUCAACUCCAACCUCAUCUCUGGACCCAUAUUCCCCCUGCAAUAACAACUGUGAAUGCCAAACUGAUUCCUUCACUCCAGUCUGUGGGGCAGACGGGGUCACAUACUUAUCUGCCUGCUUUGCUGGCUGCAGCAGCACGAACCUCAGUGGCUGUUCGUGCCUCACCUCGGUCCCUGCCGAAAAUGCCACCGUCGUUCCCGGCAAAUGCCCCAGCCCCGGCUGUGAAGAGGCCUUCUUGACAUUCCUCUGCGUGAUGUGCGUUUGCAGCAUGAUUGGGGCUAUGGCGCAGACGCCGUCAGUCAUCAUACUCAUCAGAACCGUGAGCCCCGAACUCAAGUCUUACGCUUUGGGGGUGCUUUUCCUGCUUCUCCGUUUGCUAGGUUUUAUCCCACCUCCGCUGAUCUUUGGGGCUGGAAUUGACUCCACGUGUCUGUUCUGGAGCACGUUCUGUGGCGAGCAAGGAGCCUGCGCGCUGUACGACAACGUGGUCUAUAGAUACCUGUAUGUUAGUAUUGCUAUAGCCCUGAAGUCUUUUGCAUUCAUCUUAUAUACUACCACCUGGCAGUGCUUGAGGAAAAACUAUAAAAGAUACAUCAAGAACCACGAAGGUGGUCUCAGCACUAGUGAGUUUUUUGCCUCUACUCUCACCCUAGACAAUCUGGGGCGGGACUCGGUGCCCCAAAAUCAACCACAUAGGACAAAAUUUAUCUAUAACCUUGAAGAUCAUGAGUGGUGUGAAAAUAUGGAGUCUGUUUUAUAGUGACUGUGGAGGGGUGAACUAUAUUAAUAAUACAAGGGUCCUUUUUAAUAAAAGCAAGAAGAGAGCGAGAAUGAAGAAACACAACUGCAAAACAACAACGGCAACACAGGAAACUUUUGUCUUUUUCGCAAAGUCAGACCCAGCCAAGAUUCUUGAGAACGGCAUCUUUUAAUGGGAUCACUUCUGAAAUCCUGCGGGGUGAUGGAGAAAGCAGGGAGCCGCCGUGGCUGGGUACCAGCCCCUUUGAUGACAGUACGAGCUUCCAGGAAGGGCAUCUGCGGAGGUUCAUCGGAGACCUCGGCAAACAGACAGGCUUGGUCAUGAGGCAUAGAGAAAGCAAGGUGAUACCAGCCAUGCCGGAACAGGCGUUUGCGGUUGCAAACGGGGCCCCAGGGAUCCGUGGAGCCCCGCAGCGUGGGCUGGAGGGUUGGCCAGUCUGGGUGCUGUGCUCUGUGACGGCAAAGAGGGAGCGGUGCUGGAGUUGUUCACCAGUCCCACUGUCACCAGCCACCAGUCCCCCAUAAAUACCUUGAAAGCUGCUGGAAGCCUUCCAGGUGGCGAGCAGUGCUGUCAGAGGUAUCCGAGUCCUUCCAGCCGAGGCUUAUUCGCGGAUCGCAGCUUUGGGCUUGUCUGCGAAUAGCCGUGCUCAGAUCUCUCAAACCCAGUAAAGUUCAAGACAUUUGCUCACACUUGCCAAACGUGCUGUCAUUUUUAAAGGGGGAUGAGUUCCAAACCCUUGUCUGUGUAGUCCUCUAAUAAGAUUUUUUUAAAAACUUAUUUUCAAAUCUAUGUUAACCCUUAAAUCGCUGACACUUUUCCAUAGGGAGGAUUUAUUUAUGCUCGUUUGGGGAAGGAUCCUGUUUAAUUCACCCAAACUUAAUGUGACUCAAGGGGUUUGUUUAAUCCUCUGCGUUUUUUAUCCAUACGCCUUCAUUCUAAUAUGCUACCAAGCCAAUGAAGACACAUAAUAUGUUUUUAAAAAACAGAACGAAUGCACUGUGUCUCUAUAAAAACAAUUGUCAGUUGGAGAAUUAUAGAUAAUAUGAUGAUUUACAUAAUAUAGAUUUUUUCAUAUUCUAUGUGACUCGGUGAAUACAUAUAUAUAUGGAGAGGCGGUUUAUGUUCUCUCCAGUUUUUAAAGAUAUAUAUAUAUAUAUAUAUAAUUUGCAAUCUAGAAAUUGUGUGGUGGAUGUUUUCUUUAAAGUAAGUGUGUGUGUAUGUGUGUGUGUGUGUGUACAAGAUGAAAGGAAUACUGACCUUAAUCCUGCAACCCUCACAAUUGGGAUUUUUUUUUUCACCUGAGAAACUCCAUUGACUUCGGUGGAAGCCGUGUGAGGAAGGUGGAAUAAUCUCCCCUCCUGGAGGCCACGUUUUGCCCUUAGGUGUGCAAAUAGUGUUCCGGUGGAAGGCUGGGUUAUGGGAGCAGAGGCUGGCCAGCAUUGAGCACCUCCGAAACGUUCAUUCGGCUCCCCGAGAGGCACCCAUGCCGCAGCAGACUGGGCUUUGCUUUUGCAAUGCAGUCUUAUCUAAGCCUGCAAAAGUCACGGGGAAGCUUUCGUUUGACUUGAAGAAGCAUUGGGUCAGGCUUAUUUUGCAUGCAUUUUAUUAUUUAUUUUUUUUUCCAAAACAUUCCUGCUGGGAAGCAAUACAAAUUGGUUGUAUUUCAUGAGUUUUCCCCGGGGAACCGGACCCAUUUCCAAUGGACUAAAGGUCAGAAGGGUUUUAAGGGUUAGCAUCAUAAUCCAAAAGCUCCUUUUUUUUUUGGUUUGUAUUUGGAAGCCGUUGAGAAGUUGCAGAUGUUUAGAGAAGUAACCUGGCACGUGGAACCGAAUGCUGGACAUGGCUUCCAUGCAGCCGGCGGAGGGGCUGAUCUUCCCCAGGUCCUUGUCCAUUGCCGGCAGUGGACGCCCCAGAGUUGGCACAAUUUCAGAGGGUUGAUAACUUGCCACUCAUGUUCCAACACCUUUUUAGCAGACUUUGCUCUUAUCUAGGCAUUGAAACAUGGGUGUGGGGUAUCAAACUGCUUCCACUUGACUGACUUUACAUGUGUGUUUGUAAUUUAUGCACAGCAUUAUGUGUUCAGCAACAAUAAGGGCAAAAAAAAAAAAAAAGAAAAGAAAAGGGUGUAUCAAAUAAACUCCACUGUGCCAAAUACUCGACAAAUAUUGUAACCGCAGAUAUUUGAUUCUUGGUUUUCAGCCAUCUUACGAAUCACUUGAUUAAUGAAGGAGUUUAAGGAGGAAAAAAAAAGUUAUUAAGCUAUGCAGUGCUGUUGUUAUGUUGGGUGGUAAAUGAUGCUUUUUAGACCAUUAGAUUGGUUUAGUAUAUCCUGUCUGCUAAAAUAGAGAUACUGCAUCCAUAAAACAAUGAAUUUAAAAACAGCACAGGGUGCGUAACUGUCUCAUAAAAUAUGUAUAAUUGUCAAGUAUAAGCCUUUGAAAUCAUUCUGUACAGUUCUCUUCAUUCUGAAAAUUUAUUACUUGGACUGCUGUCUUUUCAAAUGUUAGCUCAUAAUUUUAUACUACACACACACAUUCAGACUCGAACACAAAUGUCACAGAAUAGAAACAUUCUAAAAGCCUGAUCGCUUGCAAUUCUGUGACCCAUUUCACAAUUUCAUUUUUUUCCUCCCUGAAAGUCCAAGGUGAAGGAGAAUGGCAGGCUGACGUGACGCAAAACAAACUCCCGGUGUUCAAGAGCCGUGGUUUGUCAGUACGGUCAAAAGUCCCGCUUGACCGGAGUUAGAGGAUUCCAGAGCACUUAACAUUUUUGGUUUUAUUUUUGCCUUUUUUUUUUUUUAUGUAAUCUUUUGUCUUGGUAUGUAUGGGAGACACAGUCGAAUGGGGUUACUUACAUUAUCUUUAAUCUGUCACUUCAAAUUCCUGCAUGAUUGUUGUUUUAUUUCUUUUGGUAAUUGCGACUUUUGAAAAUCUCUCUCCCCACCCCACUCUUUGUUUUUUUAAGGAUGUAUCAGCUGCCUGCAUCAUGAAGGGCUUUUCUGUCAGUGCUUUGGUACAGAUUCAGGAACAGAGCUUUAGUUUGAAGAAGACACAGGAACCAAAACUUUCAUCCAUCCCGGCAGGCCCUUUGUUUUUUUCUGAUUUCAAACCCACGAGCCAGUUUUGCCCGCAACCCCCUUUUUGUUCUAGAAUAACGAACAAAGAGUCUCAGACACCCUCCCGCUUCCCAGACUGCAGUAUGGGCCUUCGCCUGCCAGCACUUCGCUUCCAUCCCGCAACUGCCUUAACCGUGCAGGAAACUUAAGGAGGAGGAUGGAGUUAGAAAAAUGCCCAUUCCUGGGAACAGAAACAGGGGCAUGGUCUGAGCUGCGCAGUCCAGAGCCAGUGUUGGAUUUUUUUUCUCCAUAUUCAGGGGCGUUGAAAUGCAGGGUUAUGUUGAGACCUCAGCCUCGGCAAAAAUGUUAUUUUGACAUUUCCAAGCACUGUGUUCCCUGCAUGGCUGUCUGCUAAGGAAUGGGAUGUUCGGAAAAAAAAAAAACAAACUACUUGAGAUUUCGCCGUCUCUAUGGGAUUGUCCAGUUGCCUUGCGUGACUUCAGGUUGGGGUUUCCUUUCCCUUGCACAGAUGCCACCUUGGCGUAGCCCCAGUGGAAUCAAAAGGGGACCCCAAUCUAAAAUUGGUGCAGAUGACACUAACAUCGGUCCCAUCGGUUUCUCUGCAUCCUUGUCAACAAGGGGAUGCGUUUUCAGAACCUUCUUUUUGUACCUAUUGAAAUCAUACAUUUUUCUGACUUUGCCCAGCACAUCUUGGAUGUAUAGUGGGACCGAAAGGGGCCAUCACUUGAAUUAUCUAGAGAAACCUUCCAUUCCUUAGGAAUUCAACUAAUAGGGGCUUCACACUGCCAUACCCCUGCAAGAUGCGCUGAACUACUUGGUGCUGCUAUUAUUAAUCUCAGUUAGGUCUCACCUUGCUGGGAAGGUGAAAUGGGAAAGAUGCAGAGAGGAAUUUGCUUCAAUUAGCUGAGUUAGCUAUGCUUCAAAACGCUUCAGAGUUGAACUGUGGGUCUGCAGACAUUUGGAAAGUGAUUGGAGUAUUUCCAAAUGGCUGAGAUGCAUUGGCUUUUUUUUCUUGGGAAAAAAAAAAAUUAAAAAUUAAGGUAAUGAUGAGAUUUGGAGUCCCUCCUAUCCCCAUCAGUGUCUUAUGUUCAUCAGAUUGCUGUUGGAGGGAACGUACUUCAGGUUUACCUUUGUGUCUCAGUCAGACAUGUAUUUUUUUCUCAAUAAACAAGGUCCUGGGAGGCAGAAAGGUGACUCCAUCUCGUAACCAGCAGUUUCACCCCACAGCAAACCCAAGACAACCUGAAGGCUGCCACAGUGUGAAGCUUUAGCCCUCGAGUCAGCCGCGGCUGUUGCUGCCGCGUGAGAGUUGUCAAAGCUGGGUGUGUUGGGCUCAGUAUUUUCUUAAGACUUGGACAAUCUUGGUGUGAUGUUUGUUUUAUUCUUGGCAGGUGACACAAGGAAUUGUCAGUAUUGAAGACUUAUGCAAAUGCUUCACUGGUCUGAUGCGAUAAUAGCUUCGUUCCUUUAUUCACAAGGGUUUCUAGACUCAUUCCCACUCUGCCUUUCGAUACAGUUAUGCUCAUCUAUCCCCCUCAUUUCACAUGAGCUAUCUUUGCAGACAGAAGCAGGUUUGUUGUUGUUCCCUCUCUGGAUCUGAUUAAUGCCUGUAAAGUUCACAGGCUUUCUGAGCACCCCAGAAUAUAGCAAUAAUAACCUGUUCCCAUUUGCAUUAGGAGUUUUUGCUCUUCUCGCCUAAAUCUGAGUUCAGCUCUCCCAACAUCCCAUGCUACUGCUGCCACUCGUCUUUUCUGUUGGCAGCAACUCAGGAGACUCUGGAUAUUCUCCUUUCCUUCCAACAUGACACUCUCCUGUCCCACAAGGCAGCCAAGAUGCAGUUGGUGUGAACGUAGGCGGCAGUUUAUUAGGAUGGGCGAUCGUGGAUGGGAGCCUUUGGCAUGAGCCAGGCUCAGCUUCGGUUCUCUGAUGGUUGAGAUUGAUCCAAGGAGGAGAGGAACAACCAGGGCAUUGUGGCUAUUGAGCUCAUGGAGUCCCUGAAAGGAUUAUCCACCCUUCCCUUCUCCUGGAUAGACCUGCCUGCCCUACCUUCCCGAGACCCGCGGUUUGUGGGCGUUUCUUCCAAACUGACCUUUCUCCAGCCACAGUUCUUCCUUCCCCUUGAUGGCAAAGCACAGCUGGGCUCUACCAGGGCAAUACGAGGUGUUCAGAGUUAUUGAGUGGCAUUUAAAUGUGCCUGGGAUGCCAGCAGGUCUCCCUUGGUAUUACAUAUGCUCAAAAUACUAUGGUCUGUUCUGCUUUUAUACACUAAAUCUACUUCUAGGCUGCAAAAGAUGUUUUCUAUCAUUCCAUUGACAUUUUUAGACAAUCUGAGUCUUAAUACGAUUGCUUCGCUGAAAAAUGGCCUUUCAGCAGUUCUUAGACAUUAGGUACUUCUUUAUUAACUAGUGAUGCCAAGUAAAAUCCUUGGCCAUUGUCUGUUCCCUGAAUCCAGUGGAGCAGGAGGCUCUGUCUACUCAGAAGCAAUACCGGUGUUUUCUUUGAUAGAAUGUCAACGUGGACCGCUUUUUUUUCAGCUUCAGCCUUGCCACAGCUGCUCGGCUGUGAGCAUCCCUCAGUCCUGAGAGGACACGGGGAAUUCAGAAGAAGACACAGGGAUCCAUAUCGAUGGCUGCAGGAGUGGAACUGUCGGAUGUACGUAGUGUAUGUGCUGUUUCGCCUGUCAAAAUCUUGCUUCGGGCUCUAUCUGUUUGAUGAAUGGAGUGGCUCCAGGGACGGGGUCUUUGGGAUACUAUGAGUUUGCGAUGUUUCCCCCCACUUCCUUCAUCUGAAGCGCGGCAGAGCAGAGUGUCGCACCUGUGGAAGGUAAAAGAGUAGCAAUAGCCUGGGACUUCGUGGUGCUGGGCUUGUUCUGCACAAGGUUGGUGUCUGCGAAUGGCAGAAAGCAAUAAGAAACUUGUCAAGUCCAACUCAGCAAAUAAUUUAUAGCAACUUCAUAAAUGAAUUUUCCCUUUUGUUUCUUCCUUGUGAAUUGCUGAGAAAACCAAGAAAAUGGCUCCAGCGUAUGUGCAAGG